GUCGGUUUCGUCACCCGACUCCCACUGUUUGUGAUAGGGGGUUCUCCCAUCCCACGCUAUACGCUUCCGGUCGAUUCAUAUCCGCUUCAGAGACGGAAGUAAGACGUCAUUGUCGUGGGUGCUCUCGGCGCGGGUGAGCUCCCGACGUCAUUGAAGCGUCUGAGCCGCUACGGGAGGGAGCAGGCAACCGACAUGCCUGUGUUGUGAUGACGCUAGGUCAAGUCCCUAGUAAAGGAACUUGAGUUUGGACAUGUCAACCUCAGCAUUGGAACUUAAGCUUCACAGCCCAGCAGGGUCGGAACCAGCCAUCUUUACGUGGCCGUUGCCAACCGGCACAUCGAAAAAGGGAAAGGAGCAUGAUGGAGCCCUGGAAAUUGUUGACACCAUCAGAUGGGUUUGUCAAGACUUUCCAGAGCUCAAGAUGGCGAUGGAAAUCAAUAUACUCAGCCAGUAUGACACCAAGAGCUAUGAAAGCAUGAAAAAUCUUUGUGAUAGGUACAACAGAGCAAUUGACAGCAUACUUCAGCUGGAGCGGGGCACCUCCCGACCGGCACAGCGCUUCAACAAGAGGCCGUCGCGCGACCUGCUGCGCCACAUCAUCCAGCAGGUGUACAACCAGGCCGUGGAAGACCCAGACCGGCUGAAUCAGUACGAGCCCUUCUCGCCCGAGGUGUACGGCGAGACGUCGUUCGACCUGAUCUGCCAGAUGAUCGACCAGCGGCCGCUGACCGAGAACGACGUGUUUAUCGACCUGGGCUCCGGGGUGGGCCAGGUCAUCCUGCAGAUGGCGGCUGCCACGCCCUGCAAGAUCUGCGUCGGCAUCGAGAAGGCCGAGACGCCCUGCCGAUACGCCAAGGCGCUGGACAAGAACUUCCGGCAGUGGAUGAAGUGGUACGGCAAGAAGCACAGCGACUAUCAAUUGAUUGAGGGAGACUUCCUGAAGCAGGAGCACCGCGAAAAGAUCACAUCAGCGACGCUGGUGUUCGUCAACAACUUCGCGUUCGGUCCCACCGUCGACCACCACCUGAAGACCAUCUUCCAAGACCUGAAGGACGGCGCACGCAUCGUCUCUUCGAAGGCGUUCUGUCCGCUCAACUUCCGCAUGUCGGACAGAAACCUGAGCGACAUCGGCACCAUCAUGCACAUCACGGAGCUGGCCCCGGUGCUGGGCUCCGUCUCCUGGACCGGCAAGCCCGUCUCGUACUUCAUGCAGGAGAUAGACCGCACCAAGCUCGAGCGCUACUUCCAGAAGCUGAAGAAUCCGGAGGACGACUCAGGCGGUUCGUCAGGCCGCAGCAGCCGCUCGGCCACCCGGCGCUCCGAUGCCAAGUCCCUGCUGCUGGACUCCAGCAGCGGCGACUCGGACGCCAAGGAGGCCGGUAGGUGUGAGGAUGAGAUGCCGCGGCCCCCGCCGCCGCCGCCGCCACCGCCGCCGCCGCCCGGCCCAACCACGCGUCGCGCCUGGACCUCUUGCCGCUUAUUUCGAAGACGUGUAUUUCACAAAGUUGGCACACCUGAUUUCUCAUACCUGUCCAUGUCUUGGCCGCUAACGCCGCACCCGUCCUGCCGUGCAGCCAAUCAGCGUAAGCCGAAGCGGCGGCUGACGCGGAAGCUGCCGCGCGCGCGGCCUCAGGUGCGUGCUGCCGCCGCCGCCACCGUGCCGCCCGUGCAGCUGAAGCGCACUGUCGCUGGCAAGGGCAGGAAGCCGGGCCGCAAGCGCAAGCUGAACAUCUCCGGCCUGGACGUGCUGCACAGCAAGACGCUGCUCAGCACCACGCACAUGGUGACGGCGCCGGAGGACGUGGCGCCGGGCACCGUCGACCAGAAGCUGUCGUCUGUGGCGCUGGGCGGCGUGCUCAGCCACCAGGAGCUGCCGCCGGAGCUGACUGCCGGCGACGUGCCGUACGGCCUCCAGCUGCUGCUCGAGUCCAUCAAGAACCAAUAUAUGCAGUUCAUCCAGCGCAUGCAGACGGCCGACUUCCGGCGCUCCGUGGAGCUUGAUAUCGAGCGAGAGCGGGUGCGGCAGCGGGAGCUCAAGGGACGCACCAGUCAGCUGGAGGCGCAGAUCGAGCACCUGAAGGCCGAGAGCCUCGGCUUCCUGAAGCGACGCAUCGCCGAGCUGGGCAUCGAGGCCAGCAAGCCGGAGGAGCUGAUCGUCAAGGCCAAGGAGAUUGUGAUGCGCCACCGCGAGCUGCAGGAGCGAGCCGCUGCCAUGGAGACGGAGGUCGCUACCAUGGAGCAGCACCAACAGCAACAGCAGCAGCAACAACCGCCUCCGCCAGCGGCCGCCGCAGCCGCUGCCGGCAAGGAAGACACGGUGACGCACGAGCUGGUGAUGCAGGAGAUAUCGCGCACGUUCGCCGCCCGGCGCCGCGUCCAGGGCGAGAUCCGACUGCUGGAGAACGAGGUGCAGAUGUUGGAGCGGUCGGCCGCCGAGAAGCAGGCCAGCCAGCAGCUGCAGCUGGCCGCCGCAGCCGCCGCCGCCGCUGCCGUCGCUCCGCCGUCUGCCGGCCACCAGGUGUUCGCGCCGCCGCCGGCAUCGUCGUCCGCCGCCGCCGCCGCCGGCGCGCUGCAGGCCGGCCAGAAGGCGCGUCACAAGAGCCGCAACCAGGAGUGGCCCAAGGUGCCCGACAUUGGCAAGAUCCACGAGAAAAACCCCGAGCUGCUGGCGCGCAAGAUCCUGGAGACAGGUCGUCAGAUCGAGGCGGGCAAGAUUCCAGUGAUUCGCAGCUCGCCAAGCCCGGCGCAGGAGGGCGCGGCGCGCGCUCCGCCACCGCCGCCGCCGCCGCCCCCUCCGCCGCCGCCGCCCCCGCCGGCCGCCCGCCGCGAGCCCGAGCGGCGUGGUUUUGGCGUGCAGCGCGUCCACGAGCCGCCCAAGGUGAACAACUUCGAGGACCGGCUGAAGAGUAUGAUCACCUGCUUCCUGAACGAGGACAAGCCGUCGGAGGAGGGCGGGUUCCGCGCGGCCGGCGCGGCCUACCCGCCGCCGGGCGAGGAGGCCGCCGGGCCGCGGCUGCUGGGCCGCCUGCCGGCAACCCACCAGCCCGACUACACGCAGUUCUCGCCUGCCAAGCUGGCGCUGCGCCGCCACCUGUCCCAGGAGCGGCUCAACACGGAUUCCGAGCCCGGCCACGCCGCGCACAAGGGCCCCGUCCACGCCGCCGUCGACAUGAGCUUCAGCAGCGGCAGCGGCGGCGGCAGCGGCAGCGGCAGCGGCAGCGGCAGCGGCAGCGGCGGCGGGCCGACGGUGGGCGUUCUCACGUCGCGCGCCAUCGAGGAGGGCCUGCGUGGCAGCAGCAGCAGC